GGCGGGUGUUUGUGGUUUGAGGACCUCACAGCACUUCCUCACGGCGUGCUGGGCUGGGUGCUUCCGCUCUCCAUCGCUGGUUCUUUCUACUCCUCCCUGCAGGUGAUGAUGCCGCUGCACAAGAUGGGUGUGCACACUGCAUCUGACAAAGCCAUGCUGGCCUACCGAACCUUCCUCGAAUUCCUCACUCUCCCAACUCUCUAUGCUGCACUCAACGUUCCCCAGGCAGUGCACGUGUACUGGCUCACCAACAACACCUUCACUCUCGCUCAGGCAUUGGCCCUCCGGUCUCCCACCAUUCGCCAGGCCUUAGGACUGCCCACCAUUGCACAGAUGCAGGCCAUGCAGCAGCAGCACGCUCGCACCAUUACUGCUGCUGCCGCCGCUGCUGCUUCAAAAGGAGCUGGUAGCAGUGAUGGCACCAGUCCUGGCGGCACGGGGAGUGUGGGGCAGUUGGUAUCAGAGCAGGAGAUUGCACGGCUGACAGACCCCCAUGCGUUGCUCGUUGCUGCAGCACAGCUCAAGGCCGCAGGCAGUGUGGAUUUGGCUGCUUGCGCUCUGAGGCGUGUUUUGGAGAUCGACCAAUCAGCAUCCUCCGCAUGGCUGGGAUUGGGUCAGAUGCACAGCGGUGCAGGGCGGUGGGUGGAGGCAGCUGAGUGCUUCUCCCAGGCGAUCAACCAUUCAAAGGAGCGUGCUGACGUGGCAGUACAGCUGGCAGCUCACCUGGGCGCGGGUGUGGCACUGGCACAGCAGAGCCGUCCGUUAGAGGCCAAGGCAUUGCUGCAGGUGGCAGCAGAGAUGAGCCGUCCUUUAGAGGCGAAGGCGCUGCUGCAGGUGGCAGCGGAAACAGUGCUGAAAGGGGAGCAGAAGAGGGAUCCUCUGAACCGCCGACGACACGCUCAGGCCAUGCUGGCCCUCGCAAGCCUCCUGAGUGCAGAUGGAAACCGCAGCGAGGCAAAGAAGUGGGUAGUUGCAGCAGCAGACUAUGACCCUUCUGUGCUGGAUACAUUCGGCCAGGAGCUUGAGGGAGAGGAGGAGGAGAGGAAGGGCGUGGAGCUUGAGGGAGAGGAGGAGGAGGUGGGGGGCGUGGUGCAAGGAAAAGCAAGGGAGCUUGAGGGAGAGGAGGAGGAGGAGGAGGAGGAGGAGGAGGAGGGCGUGGUGCAAGGGAGAGGAAGGAUAAUUACCCGUCUUUGCCGUGUAUUUAACCCCUUGAUGAUUGAUCUCCUCCCCUACUCCCAUCCCCUUCUUCAUUCCCUCCCCCCGGAUCUCUCCCUCGCAUCCCUUCACCUCUCCUUUACUUCCACCUCUCCACUUCCCUGUCCUGUCGCUUCGCCUUUCUCGUUUCCCCCCACUUCAACCCACCGCCCCCCAUCCCCGCCUCUCACCCCUCCCGCCUCCCCACCUCCGGGUUCCCCACACCUCCCCGUCUUCCCCCCCGCAGAUGAAUACGAGCAGCGUGGCCAUCGUGAUAUGAAGACGAGCAGCUUGGCCAUCGUGCUGUGCCUCAACAUCGGAAUGAAGACGAGCAGCGUGGCGAUCGUGCUGUGCCUCAACAUCGGAGUUGACCCCCCUGACGUCAUCAAGAUAUCGCCCUGCGCGCGAGUCGAGUGCUGGAUCGAUCCCUUUUCAAUGCAAGCGCAGAAGGCCCUGGACAGCAUUGGGAAGAACCUUCAGGCGCAGUACGAGCGCUGGCAACCCAAGGCGCGCUACAAGGUGCAGCUAGACCCGACGGUCGAAGCGUUGAAGAAGCUGUGCCUCACGUGCCGGCGCAACGCCAAGGCGGAGAGGGUGCUGUUCCACUACAACGGCCACGGCGUGCCCAAGCCCACGGGCAACGGGGAGAUCUGGGUGUUCAACAAGACGUACACGCAGUACAUCCCGCUGUCCGUGUAUGAGCUCGACUCGUGGCUCGCCACGCCAUCCAUCUACGUCUUUGACUGCUCCGCUGCCGGCAUCAUCAUCAACGCGUUCGUCGAGCGUCCUGACUGGGCACUAGCAGCACCGUCCAGCCCCCUCGCCUCGCCAACAGCAGCAAGCAGGGAAGCAGCGGCCGCUGCAACAGCAGCAGCGGCGACGGCAGCGGGCAUGCGCGAUCGCAUACUGCUGGCGGCGUGCGGACCAGAGGAGAUCCUCCCUCAGCCGUCCGAUCUGCCAGCUGAUCUCUUCACUGCGUGCCUCACCACCCCCAUCAAGAUCGCUCUGAGGUGGUUCUGCAGCCGAUCUCUCCUGCGCGACUCCCUUGACCCCGAGAUGGUGGAGCGCAUACCCGGGCGGCAGAGUGAGCGCAAGACGGCGCUGGGCGAGCUCAACUGGAUCUUCACGGCCGUCACCGACACCAUCGCCUGGAACACCCUCCCCACGCACCUCUUCCAACGCCUCUUCAGACAGGACCUGCUUGUCGCCUCGCUGUUCCGGAACUUUCUGCUCGCGGAACGGGUGAUGAGGGCGAGUGGGUGCACGCCCGUGUCGUAUCCGCGGCUUCCGCCCACACACCAGCACCACUUAUGGCAUGCAUGGGACAUGGCAGCAGAGAUGUGUCUCGCACAGCUGCCAACGCUCCUUGCAGACCCCAACGCCGAGUUCCAGCCCAGCAGCUUUUUCUCGCAGCAGCUGAUGGCGUUUGAGGUGUGCCUGGAGCAUGGCAGCGACAAGAAGAGACCCCCGGAGCAGCUGCCCAUCGUGCUGCAGGUGCUACUCAGUCACUCGCACAGGCUGCGAGCUCUCGUGCUUCUAGGACGCUUCCUCGACAUGGGGCCAUGGGCUGUCGACUUGGCGCUCUCAGUGGGCAUAUUCCCGUACGUGCUCAAGCUGCUGCAGACGAGUGCAGUGGAGCUGAGGCAGAUCCUUGUGUUCAUCUGGACCAAGAUUCUCGCGCUUGAUAAGUCAUGCCAGGUGGAUCUGGUGAGGGACGGCGGGCACAUGUAUUUCAUCAAGUGCCUUGAGACGCACGAGCCAUACUCCUCCGACCCCAGGGAACGAGCCACGGUGGCCUUUCAGCGAGCCAUGGCCGCGUUUGUGCUCGCGCUCAUCUGCGAUGGCCACCCCAAGGGCCACCAGGCCUGCUUGCAGGCUGGACUCAUUCCCUUGUGCUUGAUGCACAUCCAGGCUGCGCCCCCAGCAGAACCGCUGCUGCUGCAGUGGCUGUGCCUGUGCGUGGGCAAGCUGUGGGGGGGCGCGCCAGAGGCACAGGCAGCAGCGCUUGUUCAGCACCGGGCGCCUCAGAUCCUCUCCCCGUUGCUCUCAGAGCCACAGCCAGAGCACCAACCGCUAGAGGCACAGGCAGCUGCGCCCGCUCAGCACUGCGUCUCUCAGAUCCUCUCGCUCUUGCUCUCAGAGCCCCAACCUAAGAGGCACGGGCAGCAGCAGCACUGGGUCAACACGCUGCCCCUCAGGUUCUCUCCUCGUUACUCACAGAGCCCCAGCCAGAGCCUUUCAGCUUCGGCGCCGGACCUCUCCUUCCUCCGAGGCACUGCCGAAGCUGCUAGCGGCUCGCCGGGGAGGGUGCUAGGGAUGCCUCCAGGGGAUGUGACUAUCAGCCGGCAAACGCUUGCCCAAAUAGGCUCCUCUGUAGCAGCAGCCGCGACAAGUCUCAACGCUGCAGCGGCAGCGGCAGCGGCAGCGGCGGCGGGGGCAGGAGGAGGGGUGGGGGGAUCGGGGGGGGGAGGAGGAGGGAUGGGCGGUGGUGGGAUGGGGUAUGACGCGUUUAUGAUGCCCAUGGUGGUUCCAGGCAUGGGUGGGGUUGGGGGGAACAUGGCAGCAGGGGGGGGGCUUGCGCAGUCUGCUAGCUUUAGCAACUUGACUCGGAGCAGUAGCAGGGAUGCUGGGACGGUGAUAAUCACUGGUGCUGGUGCUGGUGUGGCUGGGGGUGGGGGAGCCAUAGGCACUCCGAAUCUCUCUCUGGCUGCUGCUGCAGCAGUGGGGGCAGCGGGGCCUGUGGGUCUGCCAGGCCUGGGGGGAGUGGGUGGAGGGAUGGGGCAUCAUCAUGGGCUCAUGAGUCCUGCCAUGAGUCCACGUGUCCCCUCCCCAUUGGCUGCUGGAUUGGCCCCUGCAAUCACUCGGUCAACGUCGUGGGUUGCGCCUCUCAACGCCCCCCACCCAAUGGGCAGCUGGCGACAGCUGGCAGCACCACAACUCGCCAUGUCACCCUCUGCUGCCGCAGCCUCGGGAUUCCUCCAAGCUCGGGACCCGUUCGGCCUGGUGGCUCGGGACAGCCUCGGGCUGCCGCCGAUGCUGGCAGCAGGUUCGGGGAUGCAGGCUCGGGACAGCGGGAUGCGGAGGGUAAUGACUGCAGUGGAUUUCUCUUCGUCCCAGCAGCAGCAGCAACAGCAGCAGCAGCAGAGGCAGAUGGGGGUGAUGGGGAACGGGGAGAUCCUGGGCGGGGUGCAUGUGCUGUCAUCUGUCACGGGAGGAGGGUACCCGCCCUUGAGACCAAAUCAUGCAGCUGUCUCAUCAGACUCCCUUGCUCACCCAUCCAACCCACCUGCACAUACAACCCCUGCCACUCGCUCCCAAAACCCUAACUCCACCUCCUCCUCCUCCUCCUCUUCCCAACCUUCCACUGCAAGUACUGCUGCCCCUGCUGCUGCACCUGCCACUGCCGCUGCUGCUGCUCCGGUUGCCAGUUCUGCUGCUGCCGCGGGUGGAUUGCCUGCUGCUGGAUACGCAAGCAUCCCGAAUCCCGCAUCUGGCACUGCUGCUGCUCCUGCUGCUGCUGGUUUCAGUGGUAGCGGCUCUGCAGGCACAACCGGCGGGCCCAGUGGGCUGGGUAUCCCCCCGUCCCUCUCCGCCCCUCUCUCCGCGUCUUUUUCCGCGUCUCUCCUGGACCCGUUUCUCUCGCUGGAUGCAGCGGCAGCGGCACAGGCAAAGCCGGUGCCCAAGUCGGGCCUGUAUGCGUGGAGCUGUGGGCACUUGUCGCGGCCGCUGCUGGAGGCGGUGUGUGACGCCGAGGCAGAGACGAGGCGAGCAGCCAGGGAGAAGAGAGCGGUGGAGGGCGUGGCAGAGUGCCGGCGAGCCACGGUGAGCAAGGUGAGCGAUCAGAUCGCCAGCUUUGACACCGAGUCAGACAUGAUGACAGAGGCCGUGCUGCUGCACCCCUUCCUGCCACUCGUGUGCAUCGCAGACGAGAACGAAGUUGUCAGAAUCUGGAACUAUGAGGAGGGCCUGACUGUGAGCACGUUUGACAACCAGACGGGUGGGGGGGGGGGUGCGGACGGGCACAAGGGAGUGAGCCAGCUGUGCCUGCUCAAUGAGCUGGACGACACGCUGCUGCUUGUUGCCUCCAUGAGCCAACUGUGUCUUCUCAACGAGCUGGAUGACACGCUGCUGCUCGUUGCCUCGAGCAAGAAUUCUGCUUCUGGUGGAGCCAUCUCCCUCUUUGCCUCUACCCACAAGGGGCGAACGGGAGCAGUGGUGGAGUGGCAGCAGCUCAUGGGGUACCUGUACGCGUCGGGGGAAAUUUCCUCCAUUCUCGUGUGGGAUCUUGACAGGGAGCUGCUCGCGCACAGUGUUCCCACUGAGUGUGACUCUGCUGUGACUGCGCUGGGAUCAUCCGUCGUCCAGCCAAGCUACGUGGCAGCAGGGUGUGACGAUGGCUCUGUGCGGCUCUUUGACAUCCGCUCGCAGCCCCGGGCGCAGCUCGUGUGCGGCACCCACCACCACUCGCAUCGGGUCGCGGGAAUUGCCUUCCACCCUGCCAGCACUGCUGCUGUUGCUCCUCACCCUCCCCACACUGCCACCGCCCCCCACCCCUCUCCACUUGCAGGCUCGUGUGCGGCACGCACCAUCACUCGCAUCGGGUCGCGGGAAUUGCCUUCCACCCCGCGAGCACUUCCGCACCUCAAGUACGUUCUCAGCAACCGUGUUAAGAAGCAAUUCAUCUUUAGUCAUUUCCACCUCUGA